UUGAACCGGAAGUGGGUGUUGACGCAGCUUUGUUUGCUGUCAGCAGAUCAAAGGACUUCAAAAGCGCAUCGGACGUUUCACGAUUCACGGUUGCACCUCGUGCUGUGUGUGUCUGCGUGAGUGCGCGUGAGGCAUCGCUGUGAAACGGUCGAGACUGUGCGUGCGCGAUGUCUUCAGACCUGCUGGUAGAUCUGAGCGACGACCAGGCCACUGCACAGCUGGGGCAGCUCAAGCUGACCACCAUCGAGGACCAGCAGUGGCCCCAGGAUGAGUCCACGCUCAGUAAGUCAGAGACUGACGUUUCCCAGCAGUUUGAUGCCAGCUCCCCUCACCUGCCCUGGGACCAUCCUUUCUACGACAUCGCCAGGCAUCAGAUCAUUGAAGUAGCAGGGGAUGACAACUUUGGCAGGAAGGUGAUUGUGUUUAACGCCUGCAGGAUGCCCCCACAGCACCAACUGGACCACCACAAGCUGCUCAUGUACCUAAAAGGAACUCUGGAUCAGUAUGUGGAGAGUGACUACACACUCAUCUAUUUUCACCACGGGCUGACCAGUGAAAACAAACCAUCUCUCAGCUGGCUGCGAGACGCGUACAGGGAGUUCGACAGGAAGUACAAGAAGAACAUCAAGGCGCUGUACAUCGUUCACCCCACCAUGUUCAUCAAGACUCUGCUCAUCCUCUUCAAGCCAAUCAUCAGUUUUAAGUUCGGCCGGAAGAUCAACUACGUGAGCUAUCUGAGCGAGCUGGAGGACGUGGUCAAGUGCGAGCAGCUGCUCAUUCCCGCGCGGGUCAAAGAAUACGACAACAAACUGAGAGCCUCUCUGAAGCCCAGCGCCCAGCCUCCCAUGUCCCCCCCUCGCAGCCCUCCUCUCCCUGACCAGGUGUUCGGGGUGCCGCUCGCUUUGCUCAGACAGAGAAGUUCGGAGGACGAUUCAGUUCCCGUGGUGAUGAGGGACACCAUUGACUUCCUGUCAGAGCAUGGUUUGGAGAUGGAGGGGAUCUUCAGACGUUCUGCUAACGUGACCUUAGUGAAGGAGGUACAGCUCAGGUACAACUCAGGGAUGACGGUGGAUUUCCGAGAGAUGGAGGACGUCCACUUGGCUGCGGUCAUUCUCAAGACGUUCUUGAGGGAACUUCCUGAGCCUCUGCUGACCUACCAGCUCUACAACGACAUCGUCAAUUUUGCCUCUGUUCCCAGCGACAGUCAGGUGACGGUGAUGAAGACGCUGGUGGAGUCUUUGCCGGAGGAGAACUACGCUUCGCUGCGAUACCUCAUCACAUUCCUGGCUCAGGUGUCGGCGAACAGCGAGGUGAACAAGAUGACCAACAGCAACCUGGCCGUGGUGUUCGGCCCCAAUCUGCUGUGGGGGCGGGACAACGCCAUGUCACUCAGCGCAAUCGGGCCAAUCAACAACUUCACCAGAACCUUGCUGGACCAGCAGCACCUGGUCUUCACUUAACCGCCGUCGCUCAGCUCAUCUUCUACCACCACACCCCCACACGCAGCAGUUUAGCAUUUAGCUCAGCUCUCGACCAAUCAGGAGCUUCAUCAGGGUACUCGAGUACCAGCAGACUGAAGGUCUGCUCCCCCCCACCCCUCCCCCCUUCAUACAUCCUCCAUCUUCAUCUCGCUCUCUUCUUCCUGUAUGCUCCUCCCUGCAUGUACCUCUAUUUACACGUCUCAGGCCUCGCCCUCUUUCUCUGUGAAUCCGUGUCGUGCUGUUCUUUAUGUAGUGCCAAAAGAAAAUAAAAGAAGAAGAAAUGGCCUCAAGCUUUUCACAAACAUCCUGUGAGGAUGGCGAUUCCAGAUCAGAUGGAAGCAGAGAUGAAGUAAGAGGAGGCGAGCGUCUCUGCCAAAAGACUCAGGUUAACUUACGAAGCGGUCAACUUGGUACCAAAUGUCGCCGACAAUCCAGGAAAUGCUGUAAUUGAUGUUGGUGAGUAACUUCAGAGAGGAGACAGGUCCCACGUCCGAGCUGGGAGAACAGAGUCAAACUUCCUUAAGACACUUAAAAAAAAAAACAGUAUGUUGGUUAAAAAAAAAAAAAAACUUUAUGUAAAUUAUAUAUUAUAGAAGUCACUUCCUGUCUUCCCAACUCGGACGUGGGAGUUUCCUAACUGGUAACUUUCCGAGAUGCAAGCUCAAAGAAAGUGUGAUAAAAGUGAGAAUGGGAGCCGAGUGUUGGUCCAGGUCCAGGUCCAGGUCCAGGUCCAGGUCCAGGUCCAGGUCCAGGUCCAGGUCUUGUACUGUGGUCUCCUCAGUACAGGUUCAGUGGCGUCCUCGGUCCAGUCGGGUACUCCAGGGUGUUUGUCCGUUGUUACAUCCUGAAGGUUAUAAGACGACCCACAUAUAGCACAGAAUAUCCACUUUAACAAGUACUGUGACUUUAUUUAUGUUGCCUUGUUUUGUUUCGAUUUGUUUUUCUUCUCAUGCUGUGCCACAAUAACAGAGUUUGUCCAAGUUGUGUUUCUGGCCUUCAGAAAUGUUCUUUUUUAAUUACUGCAUACAAAAGCUCUGUUAUGGAAACAAACAUAACUUAGCAUUUUGACAUUAAAGUUGAAAUAUCAAUAACAGAUUUUUAUUUUAUUUUAUUU